AUGGCCGUUGAUGAGUUUGGCAUAAUUUGGUCCGAUAAGAAUCUACAAUUUGCCAUGUUUUGUAUCAUUUUCAACCCAAUUUAUUGGAAUGUGGUGGCCAGAUUAAAUUAUUACACAAAAUUCCUAGAGAAAAUAUUUGAAUCCAAGAAAAUUGCCUGCUCCGUGUUUGCUGUCACCAUCAUUUUGUUAGGAUUUUACAGAGACUGGCUAUUCACAAUAGCCAUGAAAUCUCAGCCAGCAAAUCCCAUGUUUGAUAGUUUGAUAGUUCAUUGUUUAGGCUGGCUUCUUAUUGCUAUUGGCACGUCACUCGUUUUAUCUGCUUUCUUUGCUCUCGGGUUCUAUGGUUGUUUUUUAGGCGACUAUUUCGGGAUCUUGUUGCCGGAGAAAGUUACAGCAUUUCCAUUUAACAUCUUUAAUAAUCCCAUGUAUUUCGGAUCUUUUUUAAACUUUCUAGGAACCUCGUUACUAUACAACAGUGAAUCUGGAAUUUUCUUGUCAAUAUUAGUUGCCCUUGUUUAUUCUGGGAUGCUCAUUUUCGAAACGUGA